CUCUCGCACGCCUCGUCCGCGUCCCAGCGGCCUUUGCGAGAACAAAAUGGCGGCCCCCAUGUCGCGGGGCUUGUCUCACUUGUCCAGGGCGGUAGGAUGGUGGUCUCGGCAGCCUGUCCUGGUGACUCAGACCACAGCUGUAGUUCCAGUAAGAACUAAAAAACGUUUCACACCUCCUUCUUACGAACCAAAAUACAAAUCAGAAAAAGAGUUUUUAGAAUAUGCCCGGAAAGCAGGACUGGUCAUUCCUCCUGAACGUUUGGAACGUCCCAUCCAUCUAGCCUGCACAGCUGGUAUCUUUGAUGCUUAUGUUCCUCCUGAGGGUGAUGCUCGACUGUCAUCUCUUUCAAAAGAAGGACUGGCACAAAGAACUGAGCGAUUGAAGAAGAAUGUGGCGUCAAAAUUAUCAAUCCAGAAGAUAAAAGAACAUGAAGCUGGUUUUAAGAUAAAGGACUUUCCUGAAAAAGCUAUGGAUAUCUUCAUUGAAGCCCACCUUUGUCUAAACAACUCAGACCAUGACCGACUUCACACAUUGGCAACUGAAAACUGUUUCCCGGACAUGGUGUGGGACCUCAAAUAUAAGACAGUUCGCUGGAGCUUCGUGGAGUCUCUCGAGCCCCCUCAAGUGGUCCAGGUCCGCACCUCGCAUCUGCUGCACCAGGGCAACCAGUUUGGCCAAGUCACGGUCCGCAUGCACACCCGGCAGACUCUGGCCAUCUAUGACCGGUUCGGCCGGCUGAUGUACGGGCAGGAGGAUGUGCCCAAGGAUGUCCUGGAAUAUGUCGUGUUCGAAAAGCACCUGACAAACCCCUACGGGAGCUGGAGGAUGCAUGGCAAGAUCAUCCCCGCCUGGGCGCCCCCCAAGCAGCCCAUCAUUAAGACGGUGAUGAUCCCCGGCCCCCAGCUGAAGGCCUCAGAAGACAAUGAGGAGCCCCAGGGAGAGGCCAGUGCACCUCAGCAUGUGGCAAAAAUGGCACCUGAGCUGACGCUUGGCUGAUGGGGUACCUGCAGGCGUCUCCACCCAGCUGGCGAGCAGCACCCGCCCCGCCCUGCUCUCUCCUCCUCUUUUCUUUCUGAAAUUUUGGGCCAUACCUGACGGUGCUCAGGGUUGCACCCAUGGGUGCGGGGGAAGGGAUGGGGCCUCGUGUGCACAGAGCCUGCGCUCCAGCCUGCCCCAGUUCUUUCCCACUCACCUGGGCCUUUCCAGCAGCUGAGAGCUGGUGGGGGCCUGCCUGGAGCAGCUGCGGGCCCCUGUGUCUGGUUUCCGUCCAGCGCCUUUAACUUUGUGAAAGACUGUUCAGAGAACAACCGAUUCCUGCGUCAGGAGCCGAUGGAAUUUUCUUUCUAAUCCAAGGGCAGGCAGGGAUCUGAGUUGGAAAUAAAAUACUAUCAGAAUGAG